GUUAAUCAAUGUUUUCGGUUCCAUUGCUAUCUUUCACCCAGAUCCUCUCUUUGUUUCCUGUUUCUAUCCGUCCUCGCUCGCUUUCGGCCGGCCGAUUUGUCUCUCCAUCCUUACACUUGUUCUCGACUACACGAACGUACAACUACCACCACAUUCUAUCAUGAAGGUCUCUUCUGUCAUCACUGUGCUUGCAUUGGCGUCCUCGACGCUCGCCGCGCCUCUCCAGCAGGCCAUUUCGAAGCGCGCGGGCCCCGGAAAGCGUGGUCUCUGCUGGCCCUUCUACAACGGACCCCUCGACCCGGCCAAGUUCAACGACGGACAAGGAUCUGUGAACCUCAUAUAUGACUACGAAACAUUUGCACCGCCGUCGUCGAAUGGCAAUGGCGGGCUGAACUUCAUCGGGAUGCAGCGCUGCCUCGACUGCCAGUCGUCGCCCAUCUCGCAGCUGGCGGCUCGGCAGAAGCAGCUCGGGUUCGCCACGCUCUUCACGUUGAACGAGCCGGAUAUCAACGGGAUAUCGCCGCAGACGGCGGCUGACUGGUACAAGCAGAACAUCAAUCCCAUUGCUAUCAAGAAAGCACUCCCUGCUGUCACGGCAUCGACUGCACCUGGCCAGGGCCUUGACUGGCUGAACCAGAUGGUCGCGGCGUGUGCUGGAAACUGCUUCUUCGAUUACAUCAACCUGCACCACUACGGAUCCAGCUUCCAGCAGUUCCAGGACUUUGUCAACGCCGCCCACGCGCAGCACCCCGACAAGCAGAUCGUCGUGACGGAGUUCGCGCUGCAGAACCCGGCGGGGGGCCAGGCCGACCAGGUCGCGUACUACAAGCAGGCGUUCAAGUUCCUCGACGAGGCGCCCUUCGUCGAGAUGUACUUCCCCUUCCUCGCGUCCACGCCGUCCCUGUUCUCGGCGAACGACGCGGCGGGUGUCGGCUUUGUCGGCACGGGCUCGGCGCUGUUCAACGAUGACAAGAGCGUCAGCGCCGUCGGCCAGCUGAUGUUCCAGACGUUCUAAGCGAUGACCAUAAUGAGUGUAUGAUGUGUGUGAACUGUAUGUGUGUGUUGUAGUGUACUUUGGGUACUUACUAGAAACGAGAGACAAAGAUUACUUUUGAGCUGCUUCAGCGAAGAUGAGAUCAGAACGCAUACAUUUCGCACCGCCACGCGAAUCCUACGUCAGCUCCGUCGCGGUCGUGCCAGAUCGUGCCGUGGGAUACUCCAGACGUCGGUUUCAGCUUGAAACUCUUGAUCUCUGUCGAGAUGAUCUCGUAAGACUAUUGAGUCCCGGCUGCUCUGCGACGUCGGUGAUUUCUUUAGACGGAUCGCAUGGGACUGCAUCCGGCGCCCAGGGGCUCCAGUCGGACCUGAUCUUCGCCACUCGGGCAUGCUAGUGACUUGCUACACAUUGAGUCGUUCCCCGUUAGCAUCUUCGUCUGAAAGCUCAUCACAGAAACUGAUAUCACCCGUAAAUCCGUGGGGUCAGGCGAGGCGACAUCGGGAUUAACAAGCUGCCAGAUGCUUGCUUUCGCUUAGGUCCAGAGUUGCCGAAUUCGAGGUUCUCAAGUCGGUUGAGACGAUUCAGGAACAGAUCGGCGCGCACUUCCGCGAAUCCGAUGAUCUUUUGGUGCUCCGAUCUUUGUAUUGGGGUUGUAUUCAACAACUCAACUACCAUACAUCCCGCGCGCCCGUGUGUGCCGACACCUUCUCCCGUCGCAGCAGAAAUCAGGUUAGCCAUCUGCACCGUGCCGAGUGGGCCAGCCCGAUCUCGAGUCACGCCUUGGUCCAAUGACCGCAUACGACUUGGCUGGGUUACCACCGCGGCUGCUGCAAUCUCAGCAAUGCAGCAGAUCCGCCUGAUGAACUGUGAGCACUAGAUCUGGAAACGGGAGUAGGUCCAGGAAUAUAAAUACGGCCGCGCUGGAUUCUUGUUGGGUUGUGGAAUCAGCGCCCUCUCGUUCCCUCGCAGCCUCUUUCUUCACGAGAACACGAUGGGUCUUGUCUCUCUUGUCUUGCUCGCGCUUGCCUCGACUUCCGUCGCGUCGCCGACGAAUGUGACCAAGCGUUUGGGCCCGGGAAAGCGCGGUCUCGUCUGGCCGUGGUUCAAUAGCCCUCUUGACCCAGCGCGGCUGAACGACUUCCAAGGGACGAUCAACCUCAUCUACGACUACGAGACAUAUGCACCGCCGUCGUCGAAUGGCAACGGCGGGCUGAACUUCAUCGGGAUGCAGCGCUGCCUCGACUGCCAGUCGUCACCCCUUUCUCAGCUCGCAGCGCGUCAGCAGCAGCUCGGAUUCGCGACGCUGUUUACGUUGAACGAGCCAGAUAUCAACAACAUCUCCCCUGGACAGGCCGCGGACUGGUAUGUCAACAACAUCAACCCGUUCAGAAUCCACAAGGCCCUGCCGGCCGUCACUUCCUCGACAUCCGCAGGCCAGGGACUCGACUGGCUGCAGCAGAUGGUCAAUGCGUGCGCCGGCCGAUGCUUCUACGAUUACAUCAACCUCCACUGGUACGGCCAGAAUUUCGGGCAGUUCCAGAGCCACAUCACGCAGGCCCACAACCAGUUCCCCAACACCCGCAUCGUCGUGACCGAGUUCGCGCUUGCCAACCCGCCCGGCGGACAGGCUGACCAGAUCGCGUUCUUCAAGCAGGCGUUCCAUUUCCUGGACAAUGCGGCAUAUGUCGAGAUGUAUUUCCCGUACAUCGCGACGUCGCCGGCGCUCCUGCAGCAGAACGACCCUGGCGCGGUGAACAACGUUGGCGUGGGAUCGACGCUGUACAACAACGACGGCUCCGUCAGCGCGGUCGGCCAGCUCAUGUUUCAGUUGUUCUAAGGAGGUUCCUGUCUGCUGGUCAUGGUGUCUGUGCGUACAUCGGACUGUCGAUGAUGAGCUUCAAGUCAGGGUGCAGUUUGGAUUCGUUAUUCUACUAAAUACUCAAUAAAAUCUCGUGGUUCGACUU